AUGGACGACUACGUUAGCACCCAGAGCACACCGGGCAGCUUCGGGCCGCCAGACAAAAUGGCGCCCGGAUCCCCGAGCCAGGACAGCAUGGGCGACUCCAUCCCAGAUGACACGCUGGCCCAGAUCAAACAGGAGCUGGCCAUGAUCUCCACCCACAUGCUUACCAAGGCGGACUCCGGCGGUCUCCUGCAAGAACUCAAGACGGCGAUCCGGGAGGAGAUCACUGCACUGCGGACGGACUUGUCGGCGGUUGAAGUGAGGGUGGAGGCCCUGGAGACCGAGGCGCAGGCUUGCCGCACACAGCACCGGGCCGCAGAACUGGCCACCACACGACAGGGGAACAUGCUGCUCUCCCUGCGACGCCAGGUGGAAGACCUGGAGAACAGGAGCCGGCGGCAGAACAUUCGGAUCCGAGGCCUACCGGAGCCGGACACCACCCCACUGCCAGACACCCUGAGGGCCCUCUUCCGACAGAUCCUGGGCCAGGAGGGCCCCAAAGAAAUCCAGUUUGACCGCGUCCACAGGGCGCUAGGGCCCCAACGCCAGGAUGGAAGGCCCCGUGACGUACUUUGCUGCCUACACACUUACAGCACCAAGGAGAAGCUGAUGGCGGCGACCCGGGGCAUGACGAGCCUGCAGUUCAGGGGCUCGGAGGUGUCCCUCUACCAGGACCUCUCCGGCCUCACGUUAGAUGCCAGACGCGCCCUCCGGCCCCUCACGACCACUCUGCGAGACAAGGGGAUCCCCUACCGUUGGGGAUUCCCCUUCAGCCUGCAAAUUCGGCACGGCUCCACGUGGCUCCAGGUGCGCUGGCCCGACGACAUCCCGCGGGCACUGCGGACCCUCAAACUCCCGAACAUCCGGGUCCGCAAUUGGCUUUUGGAUACCCCUCUGGCACCCCGACGGGACCCGGACGCGGAGGACCGCCCGCCGCCGACACGGAGAGAAGAAGCCCGGUCACCCCGGAUGUGGGGUGGCCCGAGCGGAGCUGAGGAGUAA